AUGGCGUUGCUGUUUUGAAAAUUUAGUGCUUAGUGGCGUAGUGUAGAAACAUUUCGUGUCUGCGAGAUCUGUCGUUUCGUUCAUUCUUACGUGUGAUUCCCGUAAAAAUGAACGUGAUCGCCAAAUCAACGACUAUCUCGCCGUUUCUGCGGGCGGCGGCGACGGUCGUCUCGAACGGAGGAGUGCCCGUAGCGGCGACCGGUAAAGUUCACAAGCCGAAGGUUACCGUUCCAUCUCCCGUCAAACGGGUCCUCGGACAAACUCUCUAUCAGGAUCUUCUUUCCGGACCUACAUGCAUAAGCUCGGGAGUCGCAGUUAGCACGCAAAUACAUCAGCGGCGUUUGGCGCAUACUGACAUACAAUGGCCAGAUUUUACAGAUUAUCGUAGAGAUGAAGUAAAAGAUCCACAUGCAAAGUCAAAGGAGAGUGCAUCAUCUCGAAAAUCUGUCUCUUAUGUUAUAGCAGCUGGAUCUUCUGUAGCAGCUGUCUAUGGCGCAAAAACAAUAGUACAGGAUCUGGUCGGAGUGUUAAGCGCCUCAGCUGAUGUACUUGCUAUGUCAAAAGUCGAAAUAAAGCUCGACACUAUUCCUGAGGGUAAGAGUGUUGUCUUCAAAUGGCGCGGAAAGCCUCUGUUCGUGCGACAUAGAAGUGAUUCAGAAAUCGCGACCGAAAAUAAGGUGGACGUCGCGAGUCUCCGCGAUCCGGAGGAGGAUAGCGCUCGCGUGAAGGAUCCUAAGUGGCUCGUCGUUAUAGGCGUUUGCACGCAUUUGGGAUGCGUGCCCAUUGCAAACGCGGGAGAUUUCGGCGGUUACUAUUGCCCGUGUCAUGGUUCUCACUACGACGCCAGUGGUAGAAUUAGAAAGGGACCAGCCCCGCUAAACCUCGAAGUACCACCAUACGACUUCAUGGAGGACAAUGUACUCGUUGUCGGUUAAUUACUAUUCCGAUUAUGUAGUCAAAUAAAUUAUUUAUGAUGGAUGCAAACGCGCGUAAGACUUGUCAUCAACGCGAGAAGAAUCGGAAAAAUGUGUUUUGUAUAUUUCUCGAGAUGUUGUUCAAACCUUACAUCAUGGGUAUAGCGAGGCUGCUGUAUCGGAUUUAGAAUAAAUGUUAAGUAUAAAUGUU